GAUAGCCGGACUACGGGAGAUGUGACGUCGAUCGAUCAGGGAGACAGCUACAGAGGGCUCCACUAACGACUGAGAGUGUGUGGGAUUCAGAUCAAGUCCACGGAUCGCUUUUCUCAGUGUCUAGAGAACUGUGAAAAAACAUGGAAGCUAGUUUACUGAAGGUUACAUUUCAAAACUUUCUUAGUUGGACUACUGCAAAGCUGUAGGAAUGCGAUGGGGCCGAUCUGCUUUCGGUGAAAUAAAGAUAUAGAGGCUAUGUGAGGAUGUGUCAUUUGAAGCACUGAGGGCGGUCUGUCAAGUUUGGGAUGUCCCUCGACCACAAUUCCACCAUGACUGUCGAUGGACAGCAGUCCAUUUACGUGGUCAGUUCCCAUGAAAACAACACGGAUCCACUGUUUGUUAUCUCCACUCUCACCUCCCUCCUGAAUGGCAGUGACGUAGAGGGGGCAACAGCAUCGACGGUAUCUGACUCUCUUAAAAUCACUAGGUUCGUCGUCCAGAAGGUGUUAGUACCACUGAUAGUUACCGUUGGUCUUUUGGGCAAUAUUCUCAAUAUUGCAGUGUUGUCACAUCCUUCUAUGAGGAAUUCGACAAACAUAUACCUCAUGGCGUUGGGAUUUGCCGAUACCAUUUACCUCAUCUUCAUGUUUACGUUGUCCUUCAUCCAUUGCUCGGAUCAGAACCAGCCAAGAUGGUCCCUACAGUUUAUUCCAUACGGACGGGUGAUAACAGAUAUUGCUGGUAACUUCGCAGUGUGGAUUACCGUGAUAUUUACAAUUGAGAGAUACGUGGCUGUGUGUUUGCCUAUGAAAGGAAAGGUAUGGUGUACUGUAGGAAGAGCCAGAUUGUACUCAUUCCUGGCAAUGCUGUUUUGUGCUGUGAACACCCUUCCGGAAAUGUUUGAACUGGAAAUAGUCCCCAAGGAUUCAGGUGGUUGGAAGUGUCGCUACACGGCUAUGACAAAAGAGAAGAGCUACCAAAUUGGCUUCAACUGGUGGUAUGUCACCAUCUUUACGCUUGUGCCUUUUGUGUUUCUCAUCAUCUUCAACACCCUCCUCAUCAGAUCUUUGUUGAGAGCAAAGAAGAAGCGACAGUUGAUGGUCCAGAGUAGUGUGAAUAAAAUGAAUGUCAAGAGCACUCGAGAAGAAAAUAAGGUCACGCUGAUGUUGGUGACAAUUGUCAUAAUUUUCCUAUUGUGCCAGCUUCCCUGGACAGUACUGCUGUUGUAUCGGUCAUACCUGGAUGAUCAUGGAAUCAAGGUGCCUGUUAAUGAUGUCAAGAUAGCGGGCAACAUCUGCAACUUCCUUGUUCAGAUUAAUGCCUCUAUCAAUUUCUACCUCUAUUCCUUCUUCAGCAGGAAGUUCAGAAAAACAUUCAAAGCCAUCUUUUGUUUUAAGAGAGUUUACUUUACCGAGAUGACUAUAAAUCCACCCUCCGGGUCAUUGGUCGAGACAGCAUGGCCCGGAAUGUGGAUAUAUCACUUGGUAAGGAAUACAUGUCCGGCCCUCACGACAGCAUACACACGAUUAAGUGUCUUGUGCCAUUUUCUCUGUAUAAAGAAAGUGCAAUAGAAAAGUGAAUAAAAGAUAUUUAUUCAAUAAACCUAUAUUCACUGUA